UCAAAACAGAACAUUUGACAGCUCGACAGCUCAGCACCUCCCCGCAAAAGUCAUAUACAAUGUGAUGGGAGGUCACUGACAGAGUCAAAAGUGAACUACAUUUACAUUUAACCACCGUCUCAAAAUAACGGGGGUACUUUAUAUCGGACUGUCCAGGAAUGCAAACCCGAAGAAAAUGUACUUCUGGCUGUUUUUUCCGGUAACCGCGACAACCGCUCUGUGUGUAAAUAACGUUAGCUCGUUAGCUUCACCGGCUAACGAAAGUUGCUCCAUGGCUAUCUAUGGGCCGAACAUGACCAUAUAUAGACCGGCCACAGGGCUCCCUCGCCGGUGAAAUGUAAACAGUGACUCGCCGAGGAGGCAGACAAGGGGCAAGGCAAAAAAAAAAAAAAACUCCGAGAUAAAGCAGGAGAUCUUCGCCAUGGCAUCUGAGCAGAUUAUUGCCAUCGUCAUGGAUGACAAAACCUACGAGGUGAAUAAAAAGAAGCUGAUCGAGAAGAGCGACUACUUCCGUGCGCUGUACAGCUCCGGGAUGAGGGAGUCCACGGAGGACUCGGUGCAGCUGCAGGGGCUCAGCGUCCCCGGCCUGGAGCUCGUCCUGGAGUUCAUCAACACCUCCAAGGUCCAGGUCGUCAACGAGACCCUGGAGGACCUGAUCGAGACCGCCUCCUUCCUUCAGGUCACCUCCAUCCUCAAGCUCCUCAGCUCGGAGGUCUGGCAGGACAACUGCGUGGAGCUGUACAGCCUCUCUGAGGUCUACGGGACCCACGAUCUGCGUAACGCUUGCUUGAAAUACAUGAGCUGCUACUACCAUCCCAUGCUGAGGAGGCCCGAGUUCGGCGGCCUCCUCUCCGCUGUCCGAGAGCAAGUCAGGGAGAUGCGCAUGAAAGGCACCGCCACCCUGGUAGCCAUCGGAGACUUCACCUGUCUCUCUCUGGAAAUGCCGGAUCAGGACGAACACUGGUCCAUGCUGAGGUACGGAGAGGUGGAGCAGCGCUGGAAACCGCUGGCAAACAACUUGCCCCCAGACAUGAUCAACGUCCGAGGAUACGGCUCCGCCGUCCUGGAUAACUACCUCUUCAUCGUCGGUGGCUACAGGACGACCAGCCAGGAGAUCAGCGCGGUGCACUGCUACAAUCCCUGCAGGAACGAGUGGAGCCCGGUGGCUCCGCUCAACCAGAAGAGGUCCAACUUCAAGCUGCUGGCGGUGCAGGGGAAGAUGUACGCCGUGGGAGGCCAGAGUCUGGGAACGGUGGAGUGUUACAGCCCGGAGCAGGACUGGUGGACCUGCGUGUCCUCCAUGCCCGACCCGCUGGCCGAGUUCUCUGCCUGCGAGUGCCAGGGGAUGAUCUACGUCAUGGGUGGAUACACUGCAAGAGGUGAACGCAAACAGGAACACGAGCGUCCUGCGCUACUGCCCGUCCUCGGACACCUGGACAGUGUUUCGGACCUGUUCGGCGCACAUCCGCAAGCAGCAGAUGCUCUCCGUGGAGGACACCAUCUACCUGGUGGGCGGCUACACCCACGAGCUGGAGUUCGGCCAGAGGCAGCGGCGCCCCAGCCAGACGGAGGACGUGCUGACGGUGCAGUCCUACAACGUCUCCACGGGCGAGUGGGUCCAGCUGAAGGAGAACACGUCCAAGUCGGGCCUGAACCUGACGUGCACGCUGCACAACGACGGCGUGUACAUCAUGAGCCGGGACGUCAGCCUGCCCACCAGCCUGGAGCACCGCGUCUUUCUCAAGUACAACAUCUUCUCCGACGCCUGGGAGGCCUUCAGGCGCUUCCCGGCUCUGGGUCAGAACAUGCUGCUCUGCUCGCUCUACCUCCCCAGCGUGCUGUGAUGGUGGGAUGGAGAGAACCUGUUGUUUGGCUCGCUUGCACUCGCCUGCACAAUGGGGCGUGAGCGGGAGCAGCGUCCGGUUGCCAGGGGGAACGUGACCCCGUGACCUUUGUUCCUUGACAAGAAAAAAAAGAAAAGAGGAACGCACUGCGUUGUUCAUACCGCUGUGGAUGCAAAACGCUACAAUGGCAAGUAUGAAAGGUGAUGAAGCGCCACGGACGGUCAACAGCAUCGUAACCGUAACAUGCUUUAUAUCAACAUUCCUGCUGUUUACACUCCAAAUUCACUUAAAAAAAACAUUUCCUGUCUUUAUGAAGCAGAUAAACAUGAUCCUUGGCUUUGGUUUUACACUGCCGCUCUUAUGGAUGACGAUGUGCGACGAGAAGGGGCUUAGGGGGGUCUCAAUGUGUUGUGUGGAUCCUUUGCACAGGCUUAUUUGUCCCAGAGUCACACUGAGCUUAAAGAGCAAUUCAAUAAAAGAACGACGUGCCUUCUGCAACCUUAGAGAACGCAAGCUGAAAUAAAAGCACACAAUGCAAAAAGACACUGCUGCGAUUGAACUAUUUGUACGAAGCAGAUCGGGUUUUCAUCACUAAUUGGUUCCUGGAUUGAAGAAAACGGGAUUGUGGAGACAUGUGACCCUCAAGGCAAAAUGUCCCUUUGAAAGAUUUAUGUAAAUGCGGCAUUUUCAGUGUUUGAUUCAGCGGAUUUCAGAUUCUCUUUGCGUUACUUAUCUGUUUGACAGUUUAAGAUCAUAAAGACGAUGUUCAGGCGUCACUUUUGCCAUUUGUCCCGUUUUUUUUUUUCAAAAUGUCCAAAUAAGCAGAAAAAACAGGCUGAUCGAACGAUUUAACCCCCAGGCAGCAUGUGCCCCCCUGCGGAGA